AUGUUUGACUUUUCAACUUCACGCCCUUUUGCUGGUGGCCUCCAUCAACAGUGGAUGUUGUUAGACGAUGGAACUGGUACAAAAUUCGCUCUCAAAUCUGAGCACAAUGGUUCGUUGUCGAUGCCAGGUUUUAAUUAUGCACUAGUUGUCGGAGAACCUGCGGCCACGUUCCCAUCGACAGACAGAAGGACGGACCUACUCAUUCUGCCAGUGGAAUGUACACGGGUGAAUCGAGACAAGAUCAUCAAACAUGACUCGCAACAAACCACCACCACGUUGUCACCCGACAAUCCUCAAGGUACCAAUGACAUACCUCCCGUCAUCGCUCCCACCUCCUGCUGCGCUGUUUAUCGUCGAUUCGGGGUAUCAACUCACCAACUGGCCCUAGCACCUCCCAGUUCCGUCGACAAGUUGCCGUAUGGCAUUCUUCUGAUGCGUUCAGCGUACGCGGAGCAAAACAGCGUACAAGCCGGGAUUGUCCUCCAACUUGUUGCGACACUGCGCGAUAGCGUGUAUCAUAUGCCCCCCGUAUUUUACUGUCGUACUGGGGGAGGUUUCUGGAGUGAUCUUGCAGCCGUAUUCGACCCAGUUGAGGGCAAUGGAUGGACGUUUGCGUUUACGUUGAUGGGCCUCGUCGAUUUGGCUGCUGUCAUCCCAGGCCCUGCUGGUAUUGAUUUCACGAAGAUUCCGGAAGAUCAAGCAGAAGUGGUUUCUUUGGAUGGCGAGAGGGUAGAUACUGCUCAAUGGCAAAGGGGGACUUAG